AUGGACGAACCGAAAACAGUGGUGAUUGAUUCCGAAGAUGACGAUGGUCAGGGAUCUUCCGCUGGCGAGGUUUGCGGAGUGUGCGGCGCAGAAAAGGCCGCUAUGCAUUACGGUGCGAUUGCCUGCGUUGGAUGUAAAGGUUUCUUCCGCCGCGCCCUUAUGAAAGCAGAUCAGUUGGAAUGUCAAGCAAAUGGGAACUGCCCUAUACGAGUUGAUUUGCGGACACAAUGUCGAAGUUGUCGAUUCCAGAAGUGCUUGGAAGCAGGAAUGAAACCCGAAGCAUGUCGGCCCAAUCGCGACUACACCGGAAAGCAAAGGAAGAAAACGUUGACGAAAGAAUCGACAGAAUGCCUGCCACAGCCAAAGAACAAAGGUGAUUGGAUGAAAAAACUGACAGUGGAAAUGAGAACUCUGUUGAUGAAUUUGCUCAAUAUAGAAGCAAAAGUAAUGAAGGGUGAUACAAAUAUGGAUGCAUCACAGCUGUACCCAUUAGGACUAAAUACUAUACGGGAAAUAAUCGAUGAUCCAAGCAAACUAAAAGGGAAACGAUCAGAGAUGCGUUACGAGCCGUUUCGAAUGGCAAAGAACAAUGAAUUGUCCUCGGUAGCAUAUCGUCGUUUGAUCGCUGCCAUAGACUGGGUGGAGCAUCUGGCACCAUUGAUGGGUGGUUUGGAUGUUGAGGACAAGAUCGCACUAGUGAAGAACGCUUUCGCCCCAUUAAUGGUGUUUAAAUUUGCAUCGCGGACAGCUGAGGUAGCAAAGGACGAGAACAUCCUGUGCCUUUGUAAUUUUGCUUACGUUCCGAGGAAUAUAUCACAAGCAUUCUCUGACAGCUAUCAUCUUGGCAAUGGGCUUGUGGGUCGCGCUCUCGACGAACUUGUUCGACCCUAUCGUGCCUAUGGCAUGCGAGAAGAGGAAAUUGUGUGUGUUAGCGCAAUGAUAGUCUUGAAUCCAUUGGCACGAGACCUUUCACCGGAAGCGUUUGAGAAGAUCCUUGAAAUGCGGAAUAAGAUCGAGGACACUUUAUAUAUGAUUGUGAAGGAAGCACGAUCCAGUCAGCAACCAGCGAUAUGCUUCGGACACAUUUUACUUUCGUUGCCUAUAGUUACGGUGUUGGCCAAUACCAUGUGUGAGAACCUGCAAUUUGCGCAAGUUUUCUCCAAUACAGGAGAGAUUCCACUGCUAACUGACCUUUUUGGCUGUUUCCCUGUCGAGCCUUUUUCGGAAGAGGAAAAUGCAAAAGAAAUGGGAAGCUUAUCUAUUGGGAAAGAAAAAUCUCCUAAAACGAUGUGCGACAAAGAAACGCAGACUGAACACGUUGCAUUUGUGUCAAAAGUGCGAAUGAAACGACCGUACUUCAUGACAAAUCCAGUGGAUGACGAACCGCAACAUUUCAAACUUCUUCAACCACCUGGCAACUACACAUUGACGGAGAUGUUCGAUGAUUUGAGGUGUAUUGGGCAGGACUCACCACUAUCACACGGUAGCCCAUCAACGUCCUCACAACAAGCAACUAUGCCGCCACCGCUCGUCAGUUCUUCCCAGACUAAUGGAUGUGCAGAGUAUCCACCACAACUGUUUCCUCAGACGCCUACGUAUGCGAACAACUACGUGUUUCCAUCGACGGCAUCUAACGGACAUUAUCUACUGACGCGAACGUACUCAAAUCCUGCGACAAGUCCGAGUACUUAUCAACAGGUCUCACAACCGAUCUCAUCCCACUUCACUCCCUAUUCGUGCCCUCAACAACUUCCUCAAUAUCCAAACAACUGGAGAGACUAUAAUGUAUGA